CAAAAUCACAAUCCUAACCUAAACAUUUCACCUCACCGAUCUUCAAUUCCUUCCUUCAAAUCUUCAAUCCUCUCACUUCCCGUGAUAAACCCUAAAGAAAAACCCUAAAUUUCCCAAUUCCAGAGGCAAUGGCGUCUGGCGCAAUCUCGAAGACGAAGCAUAAACGGAGCGAAAUUAGCGACAAAGGAUCAAAGCCCACGACGGAGGUGAGGCCGGAGAAGAUAAAUCUCAACUCAAUUUCGAAUCUUGAAGUCAAAAACUUGAAGCGGAAACUAACCUCAGAGCUCGAAAAAGUCCGAAACUUGAUGAACCGCCUCGAGACUGUCCCCGACAAGAAGCUCAAAACGGCAAACAGUGGUAAGAAGGGAGCUUCGGACAAGGGUAAAGUUCAGAUUUUGAAGAGCUGUAAUAACUUGCUGACGAAGCUGAUGAAGCAUAAGUUUGGAUGGGUUUUCAAUGCUCCGGUUGAUGCGGUUAAAUCCGGUUUACAUGAUUAUCAUAGUAUAGUUAAGGAGCCUAUGGAUUUAGGGACGGUUAAGAGUAGGUUGAGUGAGGGUUUGUAUGAGUCUCCUUUGGAGUUUGCUGAGGAUGUGAGGCUUACUUUUAACAAUGCGUUGUUGUAUAACCCUGUGGGGCAUGAUGUGCAUCGUAUGGCUGAGUUUUUGUUGAACUUGUUUGAAGAGAAGUGGGCCCCGGUUGAGACACAGUAUCAGUGUCUUAGUAUGAGGCAACAACUAGCUUCUAUACCUCCUGUAAUAGUUGAAGAUAGGACUUUGGAGAGAGCAGAGUCUAUGAAAAAUCCAGUAGAGCCUGUAGCUUUAACUGUUUCUCCUCCUGAGAAGUGUGAGGUGGAAGAGGUGUCUGGAAAUAGGGAUUUGAUGUUUGAGGAGAAGAGGAAACUUAGUGAAGACCUUCAGGAUUUGCCUUUUGAUAAGUUAGAGGAAGUUGUUCAGAUUAUAAAGAAGAGGAAUCCGGAGCUUACUCAGCAAGACGAUGAGAUUGAGUUGGAUAUUGAUAGUCUUGAUCUUGAAACGCUUUGGGAGCUUUACAGGUUUGUGACUGUUUAUAAGGAGAGCUUGGGUAAGAAAAAGGAAGAUCAGAGGUUGGGCUCGGAAAGAGAAGCUGAAUCUGUUCACAACAGUGUCCAAGAACCGAACACUCUAGUAACUGGCCCUGAAUCACCAAAAGUCACAUCAUUAGGUCAUGUAGCAUCUCCAGUUCGACAAGUAAAUUCUGGUGGAUCAAAUAGUUCUAACAGUUCUAGUAGUGGAUCAGGCUCUUCUAGUGAUUCUGACAGUGACACCGGUAAUUAACCAAGACUGUGAAAGUAUUUAGCAUAGGUGGGAGACAUGGUGUUGUCAGUUUCAAACUUGGUUCAUCUGCUUCAGUAGCAAAGCUAGGUUGCCCUUUGUUCCAACUUCGUCCACAUCGAAUUGUUCUGUAUUAAGGUUCUUGUUAACUGUACAAAAAGUGGAAAAAAAACAGUUCAAGUGUUUUGUUUCAGCCUUGUCAUCAAUCGAACAGGCUUGUUCUGUACUUCUUAAUUGUUUUUAUUGUCUUUAAUCAUAUCACUAUUUUAAACCGAUAGACAAAAAAAAAAAGACAUGCUACCUAAUGUAGAAAGUUCACCAACUGGUGGUUAUAUGGAACAAAGUUGAUGCUUGU